AUGGUCCUCUCGCACCACCGCUUUGGGCACCCUUCGAUGCAGCGCCUUCGUGGCAUGCACUCUCGUUUCGUUGCCUCUGGUCUCCCCAAGUCACUGCCUCCCCUGCCACCGUCCCCUGCCCCUCCUUGCCUUCCCUGUGUCGAGGGACGGCAGCGUGCCACCCCUCACUCCUCUGCGUUCCCCUCGACGGAGGCUCCUCUGCAGACCCUUCACAUGGACGUGUGGGGCCCAGCCCUCCUGGAGAGGCGCUUUCGCACGGACCUUCCCAUCCUGCGACUGCACUCUAACAGAGGUGGUGAGUUUUCCUCCGGCCUCUUGGAGGCCUUCUGUCAGGUUGAGGGCAUUGAGCAGACGUUCACGCUUCCGGCCUCUCCUAAGCAGAAUGAGGUUGCUGAGCGCCGCAUUGGCUUGGUCAUGGAGGUUGCUCGUACCUUCUUGGUCCAUGCGGCUGCCCCCCAUUUUCUGUGGCCGUUUGCGGUCCGGUACGCCGCGCAUCAGCUCAACCUCUGGCCCCGCGUCUCUGUUCCGGAGACCUCGCCGACACUGCGUUGGACGGGAGAGGUUGGUGAUGCGUCUGUGUUCCGUGUCUGGGGAUCUCGUGCCUUUGUCUGCGAUACGUACGCGGACAAGCUCUCCUCCCGCGCUGUUCCUUGUGUCUUCCUGGGCUUUGUCCGUGACGCGCCUGGCGGGCAGUUUUACCACCCCACCUCGCGCCAUGUCUUCCCCUCUCAGGACGUCACGUUUGACGAGUCGCUCCCCUUUUACUAUCUCUUCCCCUACCGCACUGCCCCGCUCCCCCCUCCGCCACUCUUCCUUGCGCCAGGUGCUGCUUCGAUAGACCCCCUCCCUCCCCAGGGUCCUGCUUCCUCAGGUGUUUCCCUGGUAGACCCGGUCGAGCCUAACAAGGUAGCUGACGACUCUGGUCUUGCGCAAGGUAUAGAGCGUGCUGAGCCUGGUGGUGUUGAGCUUGGGGGUGCGGAGACUGGGGGUGCUGAGUCUGGGGAUGCGGAGACUGCGGGUGCUGAGCCUGGGGGUGCUCUGCGUGAGUGGUACUCUCGGUACUAUCGCCGCCGCCGUGGUGCUGUGGGCGCUGGAGGUGCUACUGGAGCUGGAGCUGAGGACGCUGGGCCUACUGGAGUUGGUGUAGCUGCUGACCCUGGGGUUGGCGCUGGAGCUGCUGGGACUGGAGGUGCUGUUGGAGCUGCUGGAGGUGCUACUGGUACUGGGGCUGGUGGUGCUGCAGCGGCUGGAGCUAAAGGUGCUGCCGCUCGUCCUCCUGCAGGUGCUGGAGCCGACGGUGCGGCUGGAGCUGGUGCUACUGGGGGUACUCGAAAUGGCACUACUUGA